AUGACCCGUGGAAAUCAGAGAAAUAAAGACCGCGAGAGGAACGAGAAGGAAAUGGCGAAAAAGAGAAACGCCAAUAACCUAUCUGGAUCCGAGUUCCAGCGCAAGAAGGAGAGCGACGCCGAGAAGAUGCGCAUAAAGCAAGCACAGGCCGACGCACGCAAAGCAGCAGACGGGGCAGCAGGGGGAGGGAAGAAAAAAUGA